AUGGUGUUCGAGUUUCCAAGAUUUAAGAAGGAACUUGCAGGGGUUGGAGGUCCUAGCCUGGGUUUCGAAUUCCAGGUUCAGAUGGUUAGAGGUUCUUGUAGAGGUACCUUGUGGGGAUUGAAUCCCCAGUUUGGUGGGUUAGAUGUCCCCAGAGAGUUCACUGUGUUGGGACCACAACUAAAAAUCAUUGCCUUGGUGGGCAGAGAUGUCACAUUCCCAUGCCACCUCUCUCCCCAAAUGGAUGCUCAACAUAUGAAUGUAAUGUGGUUUCAUGACCAGUUAGGUGUGGUACAUCAAUACAAAUAUGAAAAGGAUUAUUUGAUAUAUCAGCAUUUAAAAUAUCAAGGGCGGACAGAAUUUCUUCAUGAGAACAUUUCCAGGGGGAAUGUAGCUCUUCGACUCCAUCAUGUCCAACCCUCUGAUGAGGGAAAGUACCGGUGUUACUUUGCAAGUCCCACUUAUAAUGAUGAAGCAGAAUUCCAAAUGGAUGUAGCAAGUACAGGGUCUAGCCCUCACCUACACUCCGAGGAUGCUGGAAAUAAAAGGAUUCGACUGGUGUGCACAUCUGCAGGAUGGUAUCCAGAACCUGAAGUGCAAUGGAGGAACCACAUGGAGGAGCCAUUGUCACAAGGCACCACAAUCAAUAAGAAAGAGAAUGGACUGUUUUCUGUUGAAACCUCAAUCACUGUGUCUGCCAAUUCAAAAGAGAAUGUUUCUUGUGUCAUUGGGAACCCUCGUCUCAGCCAAAAACUGGAAGCAAGUUUUUCUUUGUCAGAUGCCUUAUUUCCAGAUGACAUUCAUCAGAUGGAAAUAUGGAUUUGGAUUAUUAUCUUUUUAAGCAUUGGGUUUCUUGUCAUCAUCAUCAUCAUCAUCAUUAAAAGACGGAAGUCAAAAAACAAUGAAGUGGCCACAAUGCACGAAGACUCACCUAAUCGCUUCUUCCUCCUGAAAAAAAAUGACAAACGUGCCAUUUCCUAUUCUGAGGAGCCCAUGUGUGAAUGGGACAUGGAUAUCCUGACUUAUGAGCUGGGUGAGGAGAGAUUUGAUUCAGGAAAGUACUGCUGGGAGGUGAAUGUGGAAGGAAAGACAGAGUGGGCUCUGGGGCUCUGUAAGGACUCAGUAUGCAAUGAGGAAGAAGCAGACGUCACCCCAGAAACUGGAUUCUGGAUUGUUUGUCUGGUUAAUAGUGACACUUACCAGGCUCUCUCCAGUCCCUGGAUGAGGCUCCAUGUGGCAGUGCCCCCCAAGACUGUGAAGAUUUUCUUGGACUAUGAAACAGGUACAAUCUCCUUCUACAAUGCUACUGAAUCUACUUACAUCCAUACUUUUCAAGAUACCUUCAAGGAAGCUCUGAGGCCCUGUAUCUGCCCUGGCUCUUUCAUUAGAGCAGACAAUAACUUUUCGAAACCCUCAAAACAUGUCUAUAACAGAAAGACAAUGUUUGAAACAACUACCAGAUGA